CAGGUAAUUAAGGAUGUAAUUAAAGCUGGACACACACGUCCACAGUUACCAUAGUGACAUCUAGUUUCAAAGGGUAUAAAGUUCCUAGUGAUCAUUUAUUAGAAAAGAUGUGCUAUAAUUUAUAUUGAAGUGAGUCGAGUACGGUAGCUAGCUAGCUGGCAGGCAGGCUGGCUAUGAUCUCUACAGUUUUGAUUAAUAGAUUGCCUUCAAAGAAAUCUCUAUUUAUAUUGUUGAUGGCUCUAACCUCAGCAAGUCCAUUCUCCUACAUCGAUGUGUAUGGAGUUGAACACCCGACAUUUGGAGCAUUGAAAUGUACCAGCAGAACUAGUAGUGUGAAACACAAGACCACCUCACACAAGCCUCAGAGUGAUAAGUUCAAAAAGAUAGAUGGUGGUUCAAGUCGAAAGUCCGUUAGAGUAACCACUUCAGUGACUUUAGGAACACAUAAAAAGAAGAAGAAAAAAAGUACAAGGGAUUCAGCCAAGUCAAAUGAAACAAGAACUAUAAAUCAAGGUUCACUUCAUUCUAUGAAACAUCCGAGUGUGGCCUGCCCAACUACUAGUCUGGCAAGAGUGGAUCGUGACUCUCCUGUUCAGCGUGUGUCUAGUUCACAAAGCAACUUGUGGACACGAGGUUCGAGAAUACCUAGUGAGACCUCGUCUGGAUACGAGAAAUCACGUUCCAAUUCCAGGACGGCAAUUUCCAAUCCAUCCGUUGUAGCGCAUUCUACCAUGUCUACCACAGACGUCCUCCUCAGUAUGAAUAAAUCACAGGACAAUCUCCAGUCUAAGAUACUUACCUCGCCGAUAAAAGUUAGUCUAAAGAGAGGAAUUGCUCAAGCUGCAAGUUUCCGUCGAACAGUAAAUGGUGGUCCUUCAAGACGUCCUCCCAGCCAGGGGCCUGGUGGUGGAAGAGGAGGAGAGACACUGACCGUGGAGGAGAUUGUAUGGGGACUGAGUAGACUGCAGUACAGGAACGUUAUUGUCAUGUCUGGAGCUGGCAUCAGCACCUCUAGUGGAAUCCCUGACUUCAGGAGCCCAGGAACUGGAUUGUAUGACAACCUUCAGCAGUACAAAGUUCCCGACCCUACGGCCAUCUUUGACAUUGGCUACUUCUCUCGUAAUCCAAAACCAUUCUUCACUCUGGCUAGGGAGCUCUACCCUGGCAAGUACAAGCCCAACACAGUCCACCAUUUUGUGCGUCUGCUACAAGAGAAAGGACUACUCUUGAGAAACUACACUCAGAACAUUGACGGCCUGGAGAGAAUUGCUGGUAUCACCCCUAGCAAGCUGAUGGAAGCACAUGGAUCAUUCUCCACUGUGUCUUGUAUCAAGUGCACGAGCAAGCAAGACCCAGACCAAGUUAAGGCAACAAUUUUCAAUGGAAAAAUUCCAAGAUGCAAGCACAAAUAUUGCCUGGGUCUUGUGAAGCCAGACAUUGUGUUCUUUGGAGAGGACCUCCCUGCCAGAUUCCACUCACUUCAACUGAGAGAUUUCUCCAAGUGUGAUCUGCUCAUCAUUAUGGGCACCUCCUUAGAGGUGGAGCCAUUUGCCAGUCUGUGCACUCUGCCAAGGUUUGACGUUCCCCGAUUGCUCAUCAACAGAGAGCUGGUGGGCCCAUUCAAGCAGAGCCGUAAGAGAUCCACUGAUGUGGCACUAACCGGUGACCUCGUUGAUUCUGUCAGGGAGGUGAUAGAACAGGCAGGCUGGACUGAGGACCUGCGGCUGGUGACCAAUGGGGCCUCUGAACUGGAGGAGGAGGUUCUUCCUGAUAGUGAUUCUAUUGAUGUUCAAACUGUUGCUUCUGAGGAUGACUACAGCACCAUAUCUACAGAGUCAGACCCAGUCCUCCUGCCCCACACUACAGAGUCAGACCCAGUCCUCCUUCCCCCCACUACAGGCACCUCUGAUGUAACCUCUGUGCUGACCUCACAAAUGAUUGGUUUAACCAUCGAAUCAAAGAUCUCGCUCGAAUAAAUGCAAAAUUUUUAACAUUUCUCGAAGAACUUCAAUUCUCAAUUUUAGGUUCUGCGUUUUACCAUCAUUCAGUAUUAAAACCUUACCAUGCAUGUUUCAACAAGUGAUUACAUGUAUUCAAUUUACAUUUGCAACCUUUA